AUGGAGGAAUCACAGCCUGAGCUGAAGUGGUCUGCGCCAUUUGCAGUACUCCCACCCUCACAAUCCGCCCCUCGAGACUUGCGUGGCGACAAGAUUCUUCUUCCUCCCUCUGCCCUCGAGCAGCUGCUCGCAGCAUCUCCCCGACCACCCGCACCCGCAAACUCUACCUUCACCUCAUACGACCCAUUCAAUCCAUAUGCGCGCCAUCACCAAACCCAGUACCACCAUAGCGACUCUUCCCAGCAACUACCCAACCCCUUGAUGUUCCGCUUGGUCAAUCAGAACAACGGGAACAUCGUCUACGCCGGCAUUCGCGAGUUCUCUGCCGACGAUGGCGAGAUUGCCUUGGCUCCGUACCUCAUGGAAGCUUUGGGCAUACUGCCGACCGAUUUUGGCAGCGAGACCUCCAGCGGCGAACCCAUUGACGCGACGGACGAUUCAACGAAACACACUCAGCCGAGGGUGACAGUGCACGCGAACCAACUGCCCAAGGGGACCUAUGUCCGCCUCAGGCCGCUCGAGGCAGGUUACGACCCCGACGACUGGAAGUCCCUGCUCGAGCGUCAGCUACGAGAAAGUUACACCACCCUCACAAAGGGUACCGUGCUCUCCGUCCGCGGCGUCAAAGGCGAAGAUUUUAAGUUCUUGGUCGACAAAUUCCUGCCCGAGGGAGACGGCAUCUGCGUCGUGGAUACUGACUUGGAAGUCGACAUUGAGGCUCUCAACGAAGAACAAGCCCGAGAGACUAUGCGCCAAAUCAUGGCCAAGGCCCAACCUGGUACUGCUAAUGGAAGUUCGAAAGGAAGCGAGCUUGAUGUGUGGAAACCCGCUGAAGGCCAAGUUCUGCCAGGAGAAUACGUCGACUACGAGCUGCCCUCCUGGGACCGAACCCGACCCCUGACCAUUGAGCUCUCCGAGCUCUCGGUUCCCGAUUCAUUAGACUUGUUCAUCAGUCCAAAGUCCGCUCGGCAACGAGCCCAACCUCGCGAUUUUGAACAUAUUUUUAGCAACUUCGCUCCCUCUCAAGAUGGAAGAAAGGCUAUUACCAUCCGACCUACGAAUAUCGAGCUGGAGAACGCCGAGCAGCUUCUCAUUGCGGUUCAUGGCUAUCCCUUGGCGGGAGGUUCUGAAGAUUCGGUACCAGUUUACUUUCGUCUCAGGGCGAAAGCCGAAGGAGAGGCAGAAUUACAUGAUGCGACGGUUGACCUGGUGAACGAUGAGACGAGGCCAAUAGAUGAGGAACAGUGCAAAAACUGCCUCCAGUGGGUUCCCAAGCGCACCUUGGUGCUACACCAGAACUUCUGCCUUCGAAACAACAUUCUUUGCACAAGGUGCAGACACGUCUUCAAGAAGGGAUCCUUGGAGUGGGAAGCACACUGGCAUUGUGAACAUGACGAUGCCCACGGCGACUCAUCAGCAAGCAAAGCCAAACACGAUUACGUAAGGCAUACGGAGCGUCAAUGCCCAUCUUGUGAAUUCACGGCGCCAUCUCUGGUGGAGCUGGCACUGCACCGUACGAGUGUGUGCCCAGGGAAAUUGAUUCUUUGCCAGUUCUGUCACCUCGAAGUGCCACAGGAGGGCGACCCCUUGAACCCAUCUGCAGAGACAAUUCUGUCAGGUCUCACAGCUCAUGAACUGGCCGAUGGCGCCCGCACGACAGACUGCCACCUGUGUCAGAAGAUCGUUCGCAUGCGAGACAUGACAGCCCACAUGAAGCACCACGAGUUGGAUAAGGUUUCCCGAUCCAAGCCUGCAAUCUGCCGCAACGCAAACUGUGGCCGAACUCUUCAUGGCGUGGGAUCCGCUGGCUCCGUUGGCGCCGGAACGGCUAUGGGACAGGGGCCUGGAAACGAUCUGGGUCUUUGCUCGUUGUGCUUUGGACCUCUCUACGUUAGCAUGCACGACCCGGAGGGCAAGGCUCUCCGACGUCGUAUUGAGAGAAGGUAUCUCGGCCAGUUGAUGACAGGCUGUGGAAAGAAAUGGUGCGGAAAUGAGUGGUGUCGUUCUGGCAGAGCCAACCUUGGGCUUGAAUCCAAAGGAACGAGUGCGCAAGCCGCCUUGCCAAUCGUGAAACCGUUGGUGCAGAGCAUCCCUCAAGUUCAGGAACCAAUAUAUUUUUGUGUUGACGAGGCUUCACAGCGGCGGCGGAAGCUAGCAGAGAUGUUGGCAGGAGAAGGAGUAUGGGACUUCGAGUGGUGUCUCGCUGCGUGUGAAGCAGCCACAGGAGACUUGGACAAAGCGCGGGAAUGGUUGGUCAAUUGGGCGCCAACUAGAUAA